UAUUAAAAUGUUUCAAAUAAAUUCAAGUAAAUUGUGGCUAAUAUUUAAAUUUUUAAUUGAAUUUCCAUAUAAGAUUAAUUAAAUAAAAGAAUUUAAAUUCGUUUUUAAAGAAAAAUAAUUGUAUAACAUUUCUUCUGGAAUAUUUUGGGAUAUAAAAUGCACCUGCAGACACCUGUUGUAAUAAUAAAUUAAGUUUGGCGUGAAGAACCAAUAUAAGUUUCUUAAUAUUCUUUAAUAUAUAUAUAUAUACAUAUAAUAGUACCGAAGAUAUAGACUGGUUGGGGUCACUUCGGGCUCAAUCUGACUCAUCGUGGAAUAAUUUUUUCUCUUAUAUGUAUAUGAUCACUAUCUUUAAGUGGUUCAUUUUAAUGCAAAAGCUUCAGUGAUUUCUUUAUAAAUUAACUGGAAUAAACUUUAAAAAGUGAAUGUUUCAACUAUUGCGGAAGCUAAAAUAUAUUCUAACAAUAUAAUAUAUUAUGUCCACUAACAAUAACAAAAAAAUCGUAUGUUACUUUGGCAGUUGGUCAGUUUAUCGACCUGGCAAUGGACAUUUUGAUAUUUCCUACAUUGAUCCAACACUUUGUACACAUUUAAUUUAUGCAUUUGCUGGACUUAAUGAAGAUGGAACAGUGAAAGUAUUGGAUCCUUGGCAAGAUUUGCCGGAUAAUGGAGGAAAAGAUGGAUACGGAAGGUUUAAUGCUCUUCGUGAAAAAAGUCCAUUGACAAAAAUCAUGAUUAGCAUGGGCGGUUGGAAUGAAGGUUCAAGUAAAUAUUCCAGAGUAAUGAAUGAUCCAGUCACUCGAUUGAAAUUCGUCGAUAAUGUCGUUGAAUUUGUCAAGAAAUACAAAUUUGAUGGAUUCGAUCUUGAUUGGGAAUAUCCUGCAAAACGAGGAGGACAUCCUGAGGAUGUGAAAAAUUUAGUUUUAGUAUUAAAGGAUCUUAAAAAAAGAUUUGAAAAGGAAAAUUUAAUACUAAGUAUUGCCGUUGGUGCAGCCGAAGCAACAGCAAGUGUAUCAUAUGAUAUUUCCAAUUUAUCAAAAUACGUCGAUUUUAUUAAUUUAAUGACUUAUGAUUUUCAUGGAUCAUUUGAUUCCGAUCAUAAAGUUGGACAUCAUGCACCACUUUAUCCCGCUUCGAAUGAAACUGGAUUAAAAAGACAAAUGAACAUUGAUUCAGCAGUUAAAUACUGGUUAUCUCAAGGAGCACCUGCCGAAAAAUUGAUUCUUGGAACAGGUUUCUAUGGGAGAACAUUUACAUUAGAAAAUUCAGCCAAUCAUGAAAUUGGCGCCCCAUUUACUGGACCGGGAACAGCUGGACCUUAUACGAGGGAAGCUGGAAUUUUAGGAUUCAAUGAAAUUGGAGAGAUGCAAAAACAAAAAACAUGGAAACUUGGAUUCAAUCAAGAACAAAAAGUUCCUUAUGCUUAUUUGAAUAAUCAAUGGGUCGGAUAUGAUAAUUGCAACUCUUUAACAGAAAAAGCUGAAUAUGCGAAAAAAAUGGGUUUAGGAGGAGUAAUGAUCUGGAGUAUUGAGACUGAUGACUUUAAAGGAAUUUGCCGUGGGAAAUAUCCACUUCUUAAUUCUUUAAAUAAAUCACUGCAUAAUUAAUUCUUUUUUUCCCCCAUUUCUUAUAUUAUAGGAAAAACAAAUUAAAGUAUUUUCAUAACUUUUUACAA